AUGCCGAACACGCCGAAGAAGGAUCCCCCGCCAGAGCCUGCUGCCGAACGGCGAUGGCAGUUCAUCGACUCGUCAAAGAACCCACGCAGCAACCUGACGCAGGUGAAGCGACAUGUGAUGCAAGAGUAUAUCCGUCAAAAACGAAGUGACAGUCAGAGUGACGCUGCCGACGACAAUCCACCGCCUCUGCCAGUGAGGAAGCCCCGGCGGCCGAGACGGAGGAAGAAUGGGGAGAAUAAUACUUCGCUGGAAGGAGGGAGGGAGGGAAAUACAUUGUCGAUGAUCAAGGAGACAGAAGGCGCUAUGGUGCUGUUGGUUGAAACUUGGAAUCAACAGCUCUCGCCACAGACGACCCUGAGCGCUGCACGGACGGAUCCGUUCAACACGUUACCACUGGAGCUCGAUGCGCGCAGCCAGGAGCUCUUCGACUUCUACGUCAAUGUCAUGCCGGCCUGUUCGUACGGGGCCCAUUUCCGCUCCCCGCGAGCGCACAAUUGGUACACGGCCGUGUUUGUGCCGGAGGGGAUGAAGGGCCCUGUGGCCUUUCAGAAUACGGUGUUGGUGCACGCUGCGAACACGCAGGCCUGGGUGCGCAACGAGACAGAAACGACCGACACCCUGAUACACCGCGGGCGGGCGAUCCAAAUGCUGCGCGAGCACCGGGCGUGCCAUCCGCACGAUACGUCGGACGAGGCCAUCGUGGCGUCGUUGAGUGCCGCCGCGCUGGAGGACUUUGACCCACGGCCAGGCCACAAGGAGAUCAGCUGGGUGCAUAUGCGAGCUGCCAGGGAGAUGAUCCGCAACCGGGGCGGGCCUGCAGCAUUUGCCAACACCCGGCUAGGGAUGCUGAUCAACUGGCAGGAUUAUAUCCUGUCGGGAUACGAGACAUACGGGCCCAGUUUCCACUAUGAACAUGUACCUCUUGCCUCCGCCAGCCCGUCAACGUCAACGCAGACCUCUGCCUUACAUUCGAUCCCCUCUCCGCCAUCUUCAAUGUCACCUUCCACACCCGAAUCCCCGUCAGCAAAGGUGCAACUGAUCUAUACCUCUCCCUACGACGAGAUCUAUUCUCAAUGCGAAGAGUUCCUGUACUUCCUGCAACGCGUGGAGCAGCUCGCACGACACCAAACCCGCCAUCUGGAGACAGCGACGGGUCCCCUGCGCCGCACGGCAUUUCAGACGACCGCCCCGCUGUACGAGAUCCUUGCCUCCCCGCCGGGCCAACGGUUUACGUCGUCGGGAGACCGCAAGCAGUUCAUCGCGCGGCUCACGGCGCUGAUCAUCCUCAACGCCGCGCUGUGGGACUAUCGGGCCUCGGUGCGACGGACGGAGUAUUUUCUCUCCACAUUAGAGCAGGCCGUGCUCCACAGCGAGGUCAAUGAGAGUAGCUCUGUGGAAGCCCUUCUUCAGAUCCUCCUUGAAUGUCAGGACGGCAAAUACGAUCAUCACCAUUGGAGGCACGAAAGUGAUGGUGAUGGUGAUGAUGAUGCUGAUGAUGAUGAUGUCGAUUUCAGCCAGUACCCGCCCGGCAGUCGGACGGCGUACGGUCGACCAUGGUUCGCGGGACGGAUGCUGAAAAUCGCCAAACGGUUGAAGCUACCGUUGUGGUUGCGGGUGGCGGAGUCGCUGUUUGACUGGUUGACUUUGAGCGUGGACGGGGAAUCCAUCGAUGCAGAUGAGUUACGGGGGGAGAUUCUUUCUGCACCGAUGACAUGUUACAAUGUAUUAUAA